CAAUUUAGUCCAUUUGCUAGUUGACGGUCGGCUAGAUACAUCGCUCAGUAGCCAAACAAGCGCGCACAAGCAAAUUAAAGAAAAGAACCUCAACGCACGUAAAUAAUAGCAGAAAGCAAAGCAAAAAAAUAAACAAUUUUAUAGCAAAUAUCUAAGGCAAGGUCAUUAUGGACAAUGUGGACACCACAAAGGUGACGGGGCUGAGAAAAGCCAGCAUACCGGAGACCAUUAAAUUAUACCAAGACUUGGAUAAUAAUUCCAAGGAAUUGCUGAGAAAUGCCAACCAGGUUCGUCUCAAUGCCUAUGUGCCCUACAGCAAGUUCAAGGUGGGUGCCGCUUUUCGCACAAACUGUGGCCGCAUUUUCACCGGCUGCAAUGUGGAGAAUGCCGCCUUCACACCCAGCUCUUGUGCCGAACGCACAGCCAUCUGUAAGGCGGUGAGUGAGGGCUACACCGAAUUUGUGGCCGGCGCUGUGGUGGCCUAUCAGGAGGAUGCCUUUACCACACCCUGCGGUGUUUGUCGACAAUUUAUUAUGGAAUUUUCCACCCAGGACAUGCCCAUCUAUGUGGCCAAGGCUGUGGAGCUUGGCAAUUUAGAAAAUCAAAACACCGAUAGAGUUCUCUGUACCUCCAUAUACAAUUUGCUGCCGAAUGGUUUUCGUAAUUAUAAGUGAGAUUGAAAAACUGCUGCGGUAUUAAAGAAAGUUCCCGGCAUUUCAUUCGGCAGGGCUGCCAGGGAACUUUCUUCUUUGUAUUUAGUUUAAUUUAAAAUGUUAGCCCUUAAUACACAAACACCGGUGUGCACAAAACUCAAUGUAGAUCUGAAACAGAUGUAACUGUCAAAUAAACCUAUUUUAAGGCUUCAUUGAGUUGUGUGAAUACCGCCGACAUAAUAUUAUAUUUGUAAAAAUUUUCUAUAUGCAAAGUAAAGAAACCCACAAAAAUGAAAAUAAAUUGUAAAAAUUUAAAAAAAAGUAAGAAUUAAAAACAAA